CGUGUCCUCCCCCUCCUCCUCCCGGCGCUUCCGGCGUUCCGUGCCCUUCCUCUCGCUCGCGCAGGCGCAACAGGUUCCUCCCACCCGUUCCUUGGGGCGGCCAGACGAAUCGUGGAGGCAGGGAGGGAGGAUGGCCUCCGACGGCCACCCGCCGGAGCCGGUGAAGGAGGAGGAGGUCGCCACCACCGCCGCCGGGCCUGGGGUCAACGAUUUGGACGAUCCCCAGUUCAUGUGCUGCGUCUGCCUGGAUCUUCUGUACAAACCAGUUGUUAUCUCAUGUGGCCAUAUGUCAUGUUUCUGGUGUGUCCACAAAGCUAUGCAUGUCUUCCGGGAAUCUCAUUGUGCUGUGUGUAGGCAGCCCUAUAAACAUUUCCCAAGUAUCUGCCAGCUCAUGCAUCACUUGAUCCUAAAGCUUGAACCUGCAGACUACAAAAGAAGGGAAAAAGAAGUACUAGAGGAAGAGAGGCGUAUAGAAACAUACUCUCCCCAAAUCAUUGAGUUUUUAAACUCCAAGAACAAUGAGGAAGAGAAGCGUAUACAAACAUACUCUCCCCAAAUCAUUGAGUUUUUAAACUCCAAGAACAAUGAAGUUGGAAACAAUGGGGAGAACAGAAAUGAAGACAGUAAAACUCGAAUUCCACAAGAAGCUUCCUUGAAUGGCAGCAUUGUGGAUGAGCAUUCGAAGAAAAUUAAGUUGGAGGAUGUUUCAUGCCCUCUCUGUAAGGAGAUGUUGUAUCAACCUGCUGUUCUCAAUUGUGGUCAUGUGUAUUGUGUAUCCUGUUUGCCCUCCUUGAACGAGGAAGCACUCAAAUGCCAUGUUUGUGGAAGUCUUCACCCUGGAGAUUUCCCUAAUGUUUGCCUGGACCUUGAUCAUUUCCUGGAAGAAUAUUUUCCAGUGGCAUAUGAAUCGAGAGGACAGAAAAUUCAGUCUAAGAAGGGUGAAUGCAACCGUGAAGGAUCAUCUUCAGGUGCUUCAAGCGCAGAAGGAAGCAGCAAGGCACAUCGUGAUGAGGACAUAUCAAAGGACAUAUCAAAUUACAUAUCAAAUAUUCACAUUGGCGUUGGAUGUGACUCAUGUGGGGCAUAUCCUAUACGUGGUAAGAGAUACAAAUGCAAGGACUGCACCGAGCUAGUUGGCUUUGACCUUUGCGAAGCGUGCUACAACUCUAGUUCAAAACUCCCAGGCCGGUUUAAUCAGAAGCAUACCCCUGACCACAGAAUGGAACUUGACAAUUCAGCGCUCUUGCAAAGGCUCCUGAGGAUCCUGCCUGAGGAGGCACAGCAAGAGCUGAUUGUGGAAGAGGCGGUUCCUGACGCCAUUGUCCAGAUAGUCUUUGACAAUCAUGGAAUGGGGGGAAAUGAUGGGGGUCCAGGAGACGCGGCCAUGGGGGAACCGGUUGGUGCUCCUGGUGAUAUGUUCAUCGAUGAUCAAGAAGGAAUGGGAGACAACGGUGAGGAGGGUCAGGAGGCCUAGACGUAAAGCAGCUCAGUGAAGCUGUUUCUGUGCGUGAAGCCGUUCGUCUUAUGUUGCUGGGGGCAGGUUACAUGUAUGUAAUGUGAAACGGAGGGAUUGCAUAAGCUCAAAAAAAUGGCUGGAUCGGACUUGUUUGUUUUCCUGGCUCUCUAGUUACUGUCAUCAAAUGACCAUAUGAUUUUUUUCGCCGCGUCUGUAAAUCCGAGCAAGUGUUUGUUUCAAUGGAAAUUCAAAUAAGGAUGUACAGAAUUGCAUU